AUUUCAACCCGCAUAAUUCAACGCCCACAGCGAAAGAUGUUAGUGGAGAUUGUGUUGUUGUUUGUGUUGGUGUUGGUGUACGCGGUGCUGAGGGACAGGCGCCCCCGCAACUGCCCGCCUGGUCCCGUGGAAAUCCCUUUUUUCGGACGACUUCCGAUCCCCAGCGCAGAAGUGGGCGAACAUCUACGCAAAAAAUACGGAGAUAUUAUGUCGUAUCGCACGGGCCCGACGCGGUCGGUGUUCCUGUUCGACUACAACACAGCCAGGGAGGCCUUGGCAAAAAUGGAGUUCUCAAAUCGCCCCAAAUUUUUUUCGGUCGUCAGCAUGGAUGAUAAAAAAGUUGGAGGGGUGGUUGGCAGCAACGGCGUACACUGGCAGCACGACCGUCGCUUUGUGCUGCGCAACCUACGCAACCUCGGUAUGGGCAAGAGUUACCUGGAGGAAGCCAUCAACAUCGAAGCCAAGGCGCUGGUGGAAGACCUCAAGAAGUACGGCGGUGAAGCCAUCAACUACCCCGACAGCUUCAGGACUGUGGCGCUCAACAUCAUCUGGCAGAUGGUGGCCAGCACUCGGUACGACCUGCGUUCCGAAGAAGUUGAAACCAUUUACCGCAUGACCGAGAAACUUCGAAAAACUUUGUCAGGCUGGUCUAGUCUGCCAUUGUUUAUUCCUGCUCUCAAUAAAUUGCCAAGUUCCAUAAAAUAUGCCAUUUUUGGGGAUGAUAUUUUUAGGAAGGUCGUGGAAGAAAUGAAGAACAUUGUAAGCGGAGUCGUAGACAAGCACCUGGAGGACUAUGACCCCGACAACCCCCGGGACCUCAUAGACGAGUACAUCAAAGACAUGAAGGAGAGCGAGGGCGAUGACAGCUCCCUCUUCAGGAGAGGAGCUUUGAACCAAAUCGUCGGCGACCUAUUCAUAGCGGGAUCGGACACGGUGAACAACAUGCUGAAGUGGGUGGCCUACCUGCUCGCCCGGUAUCCAGAGUACGCAACGAGGAUGCAGCAGCAAAUAGACGCCGUCGUGCCCAGGGACCGCAUGGUGUCGCUCGACGAUAAGCCGAGCUUGCCAUUGGUUGAGGCAUUCACUGUUGAAGUUUUACGGUACUCCUCCAUGGCGUUCUUCAACGUUCCGAGGGCAACCAAUUGUGAUACGAUCAUCAAUGGUUUCUUCGUCGCCAAGGGAACUACCGUGCAAGUGGCUAACUACUCCAUCCACCACGACCCGCGGUACUGGGACGACCCCCACAAGUUCUACCCUGAACGAUUCCUGGACGACAGCGCCACCAAGUACACGGCCCCCAAGCAGGGCUUCUUUGCCUUCGGGUCUGGUCGGCGUCAGUGCGUGGGGGAGCUGCUGGCCCGCAUGGAGUUGUUCCUCUUCACCGCCGCCAUCGUCCAGCACUUCGACGUGCGCCCCCCGCACGGCGUCGACAUCAGCAGAGAUAAAUACGAGACCACAGGAAAUUUUCGUUUGCCUCCAGACAACAAGCUUGUCUAUAGACCCAGAACCUGAUACACACUCUCUUCUGCUAACAAUGUCUAGUUCAUCACCUAUCGUUGAUCAGGAACACAAUAUCAAUUCUAUCUGAACCAGUCAUGUAGUCAUAAUCAUGUUUGAGCAGAAAAGGCACUCAAACUUGGGUUGUAAGUCCCACUGAGCGCUCUAAUGUCCACAUCAUGUUUGUGACAGGUCACAAAGGUGCACAUCAUAUUGUUGAACUGUUCAAAAAUAUGCACAUCAUGGUCUCGACACGCCUCUUGCGUAGUGGGUUCCAUUUGUACUAGGAUUACCUGACGAGAAGGUUUAACAAUAAUUUACCAUUGUCAUUGAACGUUCAAUCGCUACGAAAUAUGAAGAAAUGGUCACAAGUGAAUUAUUUUAUGAAAAAGGUUAUGAACAACGUAUAAUAUAUUCAUGGUCGUCAUUGAUCGCAAGUAACAUGAAAUAAUUCCAUUCAGUUAUUCUUGAUGCAUUUUAUAUAGCUUUGCAGCAUAUUGUAAUGAAAUUUAUGCUGAAAUGACCGCAAAAUACGACAUUUGGAAGUUUUAUUUUGGUAAAUCAUUUAUUUCUUAUUGGUUUUGUUUUAAUUGCGGCCAUAAUUGACGUUGUGAACUACUUAGUUAUAUCUGCUAAGUGUUUAAAUUAUAUAUGAUCUGCUGUUGUUCGCUUCAUCGUUGUUCAGAUACUGGAAACACUGCAACCUACCUUCAAUAGACGUAAUUAUACAUUAUUUUGCAUCAUUUUAUGCAAUAAAUCAGAGGCAAUAUUCAUCAUUGCUAUAAUUUUCAGUGGCAAAUUUAGCAAGUAGCCUUCAACGAAUGUAGAUAAUGCAACAUAUUCUUUCUUUGGAGUGCUGCAUAGUCUAUUACCUUCUUUGUCUAUUGGAAAUUCUAUUCUCAAUAAUUUACAUUUUUUUAUUAACUACUUCGCUUGACAUCGCUGAAGAAGUACAGAUACGUGGUCACGUCAGGAGAGAAAUGAAUUGAUACGAUGUAACUAGCCUUCGUUAUUUAUCAUUACAAGAAGUUAUCAACAGAAAUGUAUAAAAAUGAUAACAAAGAAGAUGAUAACAAUAGUAAAAUAAUAAUAGUUAAAUUCAGUAAACUGAUUAACGUUCA